AUGUCCGGCAUAGCAUCAUCUUCCCGCCCCCAAUCGAAAGCCCAGCGGAUAGGCUCGCUCCUCUUUUGUCCCGUAUGCGGCACGCUCCUUGACCUCCCCGCGGACGACAAGGACGAUAUCGAGUGCCAUCAAUGCGGCCGGUCUGAGCCUGCUUCAUCGUACGAAAACAACCCCACCAAGACUUACUCCUCACCUAAUGCUUUCCCAAGUCAACUCCGGGCCAAGCGCGCGUUGGUGCAAAAUACCCAGACAGGCGGCGAGGCAGCCAAAGACAGAGAUCCAAUUGCGCAAGAAAAAUGUCAAAAGUGUGGGCAUAUAGGGUUGAGUUAUAAGGAGAUGCAAUUGCGGUCGGCGGAUGAAGGUAGUACGAUCUUCUACAAGUGUAUGAGCUGUGGAGAUCAGACUUCUACCAACAACUAG